AUGAUGUUCAAGCUCUCCACCGUCGCCCUCGCCGCCUUCGGCGCUGUCUUCCUCCUUGCCGGGCAGGCCCGCGCGCUCGCCGACAACCCAGUCGACGCCUGCAACGGCAGCAACCACUAUGGCGAGGGCCACUCCUGCUCGUACAAGUCCGCGGACGGCCAGGUCGAUGGCUACUGCCACUUCACUGAGACCAACGUCUUGACCUGCGACCCCGCAUAA